AUGAGCGCCAAUCUAGUGUCGAUACAUUCCGUUGAAGAGCAUCAGUUUCUCAAUGACCUAAUUGUGGCUGAGGUUGAUUCUCGAGAAGCGCUUUGUCAAAUGCCUCAUCAAGUUUGGAUUGGAUUGCGCUUUGUGAAUGGAACAAGGAGUUGGUCCGAUGAGUCAUCAGAUGAUUAUGUGCCAAGAGAUCAGCCUAUCAAUUUGUAUUAUACACCGUCAGUCGAUACAUUUGCAAGAAAAAAGCGAACUGAAAGGAGGACAGCGUUCAUUACAUUACAAAUGAACUUAACAAGACCGACUCAUCAACUGGCCGAUGAGAUUCAAAAUGCUGUUGUUAAUGCAGCCUAUCAAAGCCAUUGUUCCAUUGAUUGGAACUACUUUGCGGCAACGCAUUCAUGCUAUUAUUUUCAGACU